GGUCUCACUCAGUCACCGGCCGCUAGAGGGGGAACAUCGCCGCCCACUCGCGCCACGUAGACUGCCGCGUGACACCCCGAGAGCCUCCCCCGCGCACAGACAGACAUGGCCGACCUCGACGAGAGCCUGGCGGAGGAGGAGCUGGAGCUGGCCCACAAGGUGGAGUUGCCGCCGAUCGCCGCCACCCUCAAGGUCGAGCUGGGCCUCAUGAUCCUGUCGGCCAUCGCGGGCGUCUGCGCGAACCUCGUCGCCAUCUGGGUGGCUGCGUCGGCGCGAAAGAGCAACGUCAUCAACCUGUACGUGAUGCAGAGAGCCGUGUCCGACCUCAUCUACCUCCUGACGGUGCCGGUGCUGGCGGCGCGGAUCCUCAUGCGGACUUGGGCGUUCGGCAGCGCCAUCUGCAAGCUCACGGUGUCGAGCGCCCACAUGUGUAUCUUCGCGAGCUCAGCCUUCCUGGUGGCCAUAAGCGUGGAAUGCUACAGGCACUACGCCCACAACGCGCCCAUGACCCGCACGAGGUGGUUCUAUGUGGCCACGACCCUCAUCUGGAUCGGCGUCGUGUCCCUCAGCGCCUCGCUCAUCUCGUACAUCGAUGUCGUGGAGGGCUACAGCGGCAUGUUCUUCUGCACCGUCACCGACUUCAACCUCAAGUUCCUCACGUUCAUCGACAGUCUGGUGAUCGUGAUGGUGAUGGUACCGAUGUUGAUCAACUGGGGCUGCAUCAUACGCAUGGUCGCCUCGCGGAGGGCGUGGAAGCGCAUGGGCCUUAGCGAGAAGGCGCUCGCCAACAAGCGCUUCCUGGUGGCGCUGAGCGCGGCGUACACGCUCAUUCUCACUCCCUUCUGCGUGACGCGGCUGCUAGGCAUGGCCUCCUCCUUCAGCCUCACCCUGCUAAGGGCGCUUCAGUUGACCAGCCCUCUCACAUAUAUCAACGCCACCGUCAGCCCCGUCAUAUACCUGCUCCUGAGAAGGCGACUGACAGCGCCGGGCGAGGGGGAGAGGCAGUCCCAGGAGGCCAUCACAUGCGUCGAAAUUUCCUCCGACGCGUGAGGAAGCUCAUCUCGCACCGAGGAAGGAAUUCGGUUCCGGGAAAAGACAGGGUUCUCGGGGCCAGCAGCGUGUGGCUCGGCUGUGUGUGUCACAAGCGAUGUGUUUAUUUUGUGCCUUUUCCAGCCGCGCAACCUGAGAAGGCAUUGCUAAAUUGCAAGCUGAGAGAGAGAGAGGCCAGUCCACACGAACAUCCAAGGAAACAAAAGUCAAUAUUCCUAGUAAUCCUGAAAGUUUUUUUUUAUUCCUUUUCAGCAAGUGGUUCAUCUUUUCACGAAUGUUUUGGGCAAGUUACAAUGGUUAUAAUUGUUAUACAUUAAUGAAGGGCAAGGUUGGGGAAAUAUAGUACAUGUACAUAAAAUCAGUCAUUUAUAAGUAUUAACAACUAAUUAUGGAAUAAACGAUGUUAUAUAAA